AUGCGAGGCCAAGUGCCCGACUUUCCCACUAGUAUUAGGGGGGAAUCCUCCACAGCUCUUCUCCCAGAACUGCCGCCGAUUGAAGCCUGCAUCUUCUAUGGCUCAAACUUCUUUCCCCAAAGGCCUUUGGAAAGGAGACAGCAAGACUCCCAUGGCGAACCUAAGAGAGGGCAGCGGCCUGAAGGAGAGCUCUCUUCUUCCUCCCGCAACAGCUCUCCCCUGUAUGACAUGCUCCUACUUGUACCGCAGCAACAGCUGCUGCAGUGGCAUGCAGACAACUUCAGCCACAGACCUGAACACUAUGCCCCCUUUAUCAGGCAUGUGGCCAGAUACACUGGCGGGGGAAAACGAGUCGCAGCUGCGUUCGCCAUGCGCCUUACAGAAGCCUCCGAGGUUCCUGUGCUCUACAACUGCAGAGUGCCCCUCAACAACCACCCUCAUGAACUCUGUAAGUAUGGCGUGGUGCCCACUGAGGCCUUUUGCGAGGAUCUGCGUCUGUGGAAGCACUUUUACUUCGCUGGACGCAUGCAAAAGCCCGUAAACCUUUGCUGGAAGGGUGCUGACCAGGGAAGGCGAGCGCAGGUGGAAGGGGCCUGCCUGUUGAACAGACUGAACGCGCUGCGUCUGGCGCUGCUGCUUCUCCCCCAGGAAGUUUCUCUUAUGCGCCUUCUGGAGGAAAUCGUAUCCUUGUCGUACCAAGGAGACUUUCGCAUGCUCGUUGCGGAGGACCCCCAGAAGGUGCAGGCUAUCGUGAGGAGCCAGACAGAGGCGCUCUGCUCCAUUUAUCUCCCUCUGCUCUCGAGGUUGCCCUCAGUGCACCUGGAAGCUGGGGAACACGUGGCUGUUCACGGCGAGGGCCCCUUGCCCUUCGGCGAAGACUGCAAGCCUCAGGAUCUCAAAAUCUGCAACGUGCGCGUGCAGGGUUCUACCGACGGGGCUGCGACUGCUGGCAAGGUGCUGUGGAGUUUUCUGUACGUCCAGCAAGACAAGGCAUCACCUGCGGCGCUUGAGGCGCUCUACAGCCCGCUGCCUUUGUCUAUCCGUCAAAGGGCUGAAGCGGGCCUGAAUUCAACGAGCGCCAGCGAUCGUUCCUCUUCCUCCGUGUGUCGAUAUUCGCAGCCCAGCACGCCUCCGCCUGCGGAAGCCUUGCGCCUCGGUCUGCAGCGCUUGAUGCUAUGGCCGACGCUCAAGUGCAGCAUGAAAAACGCCGUCUCCGCAGGUUUGGUGAACUCGGUCCUCUACGGACUCCGUAAACUUGGAAAGCGUGUUGGCAAGUGA